AAGUGGCAUCAUGGACGUGUCCAGCCACAGCCUGUUCCUCCUGCAGCAGCUCAACGUCCAGAGGGAGUUCGGCUUCCUGUGUGACUGUACUGUCGCCAUUGGCAACGUGUACUUCAAGGCCCACCGGGCCGUCCUGGCUGCCUUCUCCAACUACUUCAAGAUGAUCUUCAUUCAUCAGUCAAGCGAGUGCAUUAAAAUCCAGCCCACGGACAUCCAGCCGGAUGUGUUCAGCUACCUGCUCCACAUCAUGUACACUGGCAUGGGUCCCAAGCAGCCAGUGGACCAGGGCCGCCUACAGGAGGGCAUCAAGUUUCUCCAUGCCUACCAGCUGUGCCGUAACCCCGACGAGGGUUCCCCCGAUGUUGGCGACCUGGUCCGUAUGUCCAACCUGUACGGUAUUCAGAUUUCAUCCCAGUUGGCCAACAAAGAGGGUACUGAGGGCCCUAAAGGUAGUGCAGGGGCCCGAGGAGGAGACGGGCGUUCGUCCACCCAGGCGGGCCGCUCCCACGCCGCACAUUUCUCGAUGACCGUGGGGAUGGAGGGCAUCCCCUCCUCGGACCGUCAGCCCUUCUCUGGUCUCCUCCGUGGCGUCUCCUCAGUGGCUUCCGGCGACGACUCAGACAUCUCGACACGCAUCAAGCAGGAGAGGGUGGAGGAAGGGGAGGGAAAGGAGGGCCACCAGGUGCUGGGAAGGGUAGGGUCCCCAACAUCUCCCUCAGCCCAGGGUGGCAGCCCCUGCCAGGGCCUCCUGUUCAAGGAUGGCCCUCUGGUGCUGCUGUGCCCCCGCUGUGGCGAGCGCUGCUCCUCCCCCGAGCGGCUCCGCAAGCACCUGUUCAGCCAUGCCGCCUGUUCCCUGGAUCCCAGUGGACUAAUGGAGGACCUCUCCCAGGGCGGGGUAGGGGACCCGGAGGGCCCUGAGGACAAGCAGCAACGUGGGGCCCCCCAGGAUCAGCUAGAUGCAGGCUGCUUGGAGGAGGCCCUGCGGCAGAGCCAGGCCCUAGCUAAUGAGCUAGCUGCUGAGCUAAGUUGGAGCAGGGGCGGUAUAGCCAUUGGCACUAGUCCACCGCCCACCACCACCUCCAGUACCAGUCACGCACGAAAGCGCAAGAUCGCUUGUGCUGUGUGCAGCUUGCGCUUCGCCCAGAAGAGCCAGCUGCAGGAGCACAUGUAUACUCACACGGGCAAGCCGUCACGCUACCACCGCUACAGCCGCCUCUGCAGCCAGCUCAUCCACGCCUCCGGACACUUCUGCGAGGGGCCACCGGAGGGCGGCGUUGGGGUGGCAGCAAGCACCACAGUAAUGUUGACGGAGGAGUCCAACAGGGAAGCUCAGGACAAUGGCAGCUCCUGCUAUUCGCUAGACUCUGAGAUCUCACAAGAGAGCGUGGAUGCCGUCACUGUGGAAUGAAAGUGAUAAAAAAAACUGAGUGCCAAAUAUUUUUUCUUAUUCUUAAUUCCCGAUAGUACCUCCUGUUUCAGUUUGUUUUCUUUGGUUUGAUUCCUACUGAACAUGACCUUGUUUCAGUUAUAGGGAUUCCUUACCUUUUGUCAUUAUCCUUCCACUUAUCCGCUUAUAUCCUGUCUUUUGUCAAUACUGUCAUCUUUCUGUUGGUUAGAUGAAACCCUGUGAUGUGAUUCCAGUGUAAACCGUAUCUAAUUUUAUUCAGUGAAUGUCUGAAUAGAAUAGAACAUUGUUUUUACAUGAUACUUGUGUUCUCUCUCUGUUGUCAUAUGUUACCAGCUGAUAUUGAUUGGAAUUGAGCAAAUACUAUGUAUCUGCAGUUAUUUCUGAGAAUUUGCACAUUCCGAAAUAAGUAGUUGAAACAGGUAUAGUACCAGUCAAAAGUUUGGAUACACCUACUCAUUCCAAGUUUUUUUUCUUCUACAUUGUAGAAUAAUAGUGAAGACAACAAAAUGAUGACGGCUUUCCAUUCUCUCAACCAGCUUCAUGAGGUAGUCACCUGGAAUGCAUUUCAAUUAACAGGUGUGCUUUGUUAAAAGGUCAUUUGUGGAAUUUCUUAAUUAGUUUGAGCCAAUCAGUUGUGUUCUGACAAAGUAGGGGUGGUAUACAAAAGAUAGCCCUAUUUGGUAAAAGACCAAGUCCAUAUUAUGGCAAGAACAGCUGUUAUAAGCAAAGAGAAACGACAGUCCAUCACUACUUUAAGACAUGAAGGUUAGUCAAUUCGGAAAAUGUACAGAGCUUUGAAAGUUUCUUCAUGUGCAGUCGCAAAAACUAUUGAGCUAUAAUGAAACUGGCUUUCAUGAGGACCACCACAGGAAAGGAAGACCCAGAGUUACCUCUGCUGCAGAGGAUAAGUUCAUUAGAGUUACCAGCCUCAACCUAAUUGAGAUGGUUUGGAAUGAGUUGGACCACAGAGAGAAGGAAAAGCAGGCAACAAGUGCUCAGCAUAUGUGGGAACUCCUUCAAGACUUGGAAAAACAUUCCUCAAGGAGCUGGUUGAGAGAAUGUCAAGAGUGUUCAGAGCUGUCAUCAAGGCAAUGGGUGUCUACUUUGAAGUGUUUAACAGUUUUUUUGGUUACUACAUGAUUCCAUAUGUGUUAUUUCAUAGUUUUGAUGUCUUCACUAUUAUUCUACAAUGUGUUAUUUCAUUCUACAAUGUGUUAUUUAAUAGUAAAAUUAAGGAAAUACCCUUGAAUGAGUAGGUGUCUCAACUUUUGACUGUUACUGUAUGUAAUGUUGUUAUGGAUGUUUGUCAGGGUUACAGGAUUUUGCAAGGGACAACUUCUUAAGACCACAAUGUUGCAGUACACAAUUAAAGUAUGGAACAUCAUUAUACAUAUUGGAUUUAUUUAAUUUUAUAUUUCUUCCCAAAAUUGUGAGCAGUGCCUUGCUGUUUAUUUUUUAAAUUCAGUACCUCCUAACAAACUAGCUAAACAAACUAGAGAAUUAGCUUGAAUUCAAAUGAUUCAGGAAGAGUGUACUACCUACUUAAGUGGACAAAUAUGCAAAAGUAGACUGUCACAAGUGUCAUCCCAAGACCUUUUCAAGCUGGAAAACCUGGAUCUGUAUGUUUCAAGUGUCACAAGAGAGGUGAUCUAGAAUCAGGUGUUUCCUGUCUUAUUCAUUCUUGAUCGAAAAGGCAAAACUGAUUCUAAAUCAGUUGGGGGGGAGACCUCAAUAUACUUUAAAAUGACAAAAACUAAACUGUAUAAAUGAUAAUGGACCUACAUUCACACAGUUUCUAGACUGUCCAGCUCGCUAAUAAUCACUGAAAUGAAAGGUAGACAGUGAGGGAGCAUUUACAAUUUCCUAAAUGAUGGAUAGAUGGCUAUUCUUUGCUAAUUUUGCCAGCAAGGAAAUAUAUCACAUUUUCAAUGUGGCCCUCCGUACCUCGUUAAAGACCGAAUGCGGCAAGGACCUUUAGCAAGGGGACAUUUGCAGAGUGGCUAAGUAUAGAGUACACUUGUUGAAUGUCCUUUCUCCUUGACUAGGAAUAUUUUCAACACUAAGAGGAAGGACUUAUUUUAGCUCAUAACAGGCUAACAUGACUAGAAGUGACUAAAAGAGAUGUUCUGAAAUUCGUUAGUGCUCUACAGCUUUAUGAUAGUGAGAUUAUUUAUAGUUUCACCUUUGAUGGAUAUGUGCCAAUGGCCAUCAGAAUGUGUAGAAGAAUGCAUCUGUUAAUGACAAACCAGGAGUCUGCAUGUACUGUGAUAGGUUUAUACUGUCUCGAAAUUGACGAUCAGAUUUGCCAUUUUGGGUGUUUCCAUUUUUGUACUGUUGUGUGUGACUUCUGGUCUGUUUGAAUUCGCUACUCUUCUAUGGUGUUUCCACUUUGUCAUACACUUUAAACAUGAAUGUGGUUUAAUGUUUUGUAAAUCUGUGUCACCUUUCCAUAAAUGAGAAAUGUUUUGUAAAUAAAUGUUAAGAGAUU